AUGGCCUCCGGGCUCAUCUUUGACUACCGUACUCUCCUGCGUACCGCGCCACUUAUCACCUCAACCUGCACGCUCUGGUACUCGCUCGACCAGGACUUUUUCCUGAACGUCUUCCUCCACCCUGACCACCGCACCCGUAGUAAUGAAUUUCUACCAUCUUAUUUCCGUGCCUUUUUCGGCUUCGGUACCCUGCGUGUGGUGGCCCUUCUCACGCUAACCUUGACUGGAGGGGGAUAUAAUAUCUUGACGGAGCGACGGUCGGGAUUGGGAAGCUCAGCAUCCCUCCCUUGGUAUACUGCUGGCACGUUGUUAGCUGCUAGUCACCUUCUCUUUGUACCGGCCAUUGCGCCCAAGGUCCAGGCUGUGAUCGAGGAUACUUCGCGGGGCUCAUCGACAAAAGACCUCGAGGGAUGGAUGACCAUCCACCGUGUGCGCACGUUCACAGUUGACCUGGCUUUGUGGGUCUGUUUUGGGGUUGGAAUGGCAAUUGUUGAAUGA